AAAGGGAGAUUUGCACACCCUUGUGCUUUUAAAUUUUUGUAUUUCGCACAUAAUAAUCUUCAAUAUAAACCGCCACGGGGCUGGGGCAAAAAUCGAACAACGGGACACCAAACCAAAAUUGAGAGGGCAGGACAAACACAGUUAUACCCUACCCGACGGAUGGGAGACAGAUGCUCAACAGUAUAUGCAAACCCACCGAAACGCACAAGGACUCAACCCGAGGACUGCCGACGGUGAAGGGGAAAGCACAGCGCGACGCUACUAGCCGACUCGCCACUUGCUACCGACCUCCGGGACACCAGAAGAGAAUCGCGACGGUGGAGCAGCCGCUGUAACCGAAACCUGUGCAGAAUAGAGAAAAAGGACACGGGAAACGGAGAUCAAAGCGGAACUCGGCUGGAUCUGUACUGAAUCGAGACGGACUCACAGCGGAGGCACCGUCUUUGACGAAGAAGCUCCAGAAGGGAGACUCGGCUUCAGUAGGAGCACUAAUUUUUUUUUUUUUUCCUUUUUAGUUACUUUAACUUGAAGGCCUUAUAUCAAAUCAUUUCUUAAAACCUCGCAACCAUGGCAGACUAUGCACAGGAGCAAGAGAUGGAAAUUGAAGCAUUGGAAGCCAUACUAAUGGAUGAUUUUAAAGAAAUUCAUUCAUAUGAAAGCGGGCUGGAUACUUCAAACCGAUGCUUCCAAAUAACAUUAUCUCCUCAGGAUGAUGAGCCAUAUGAGUCAACAAUGCCUCCAGUUAAGCUGGCUUUAAUUUUCUCUCACACAGAAAAAUACCCUGACGAACCUCCACUUUUUUGUGUAAAAAGUUUAAGAGGAAUACAGACUAGUGAUCUUCGACUUUUAAAAGAGAAGCUUGACCAAGAGGCAUCUGAAAAUCUUGGUAUGGCUAUGAUCUACACCUUGGUUACAUCAGCAAAGGAAUGGUUGUCUGAUAGAUAUGGGCAGGAAGCUGGUGUUGGGAACUCUGAAGAAGAAGAGGCAGAAAAAGACGAAAUAGUUGUACCGCAUGGAGAACCUGUUACUGUUGAAACAUUUCUGACUUGGAGAGAAAGAUUUGAGGCAGAAUUGGCACUUGAGCGAGCCAAGUUAAUGCCUGACUCUGCACUCACAACACCUAAAGAGAAGAAGCUUUCAGGCAGACAAUAUUUUGAAAGUGGAAGAGCUGCUGCGAAAGGUAAUGCAGCACUUGUCAAUGAAGGAUCUGGUGAGGAAGACGAGGAAGAAAUUGACUACGAUGAAGAUGAUUUUGAAGAUGAUGAAGAAGCUAUGCUUGAGCACUAUCUGGCUGAGAAAUCUGACUCAUCAUCUCACCCAUCAAGGAGAGCUAAUUGAUUUUAGAAUUAAUGUUCUCACAUGGUGUAAGAGAACUCGGUGUGAUGUAAAAUUUUCUUUUGACAUUGCGUAUAAUAUGUAUUUUUGGGUAUGCUUGGGGGCUUGUGGUGGGAAAUGUAUUCCAUGUUUUUUAAAACGUGGAGAGAGAGUUUUUAGUGCAAUAAAUAGGACAGACGGCAUAGACAUUACAUUCCAUUCAAGACUUUGUUCCAUAAAAGUUCAGCAGCAUCUACUUAAUCUUCAUUUGUAUGUUAAGGCAAAAGUUUAGUGCA